ACAUGGCGGGCACGUGGCCCGGGCACCAACAUGGCGGCCACGUGGUCGGGUAUUUAAGAGGGAGCCAGACCCGCUUCCCCUCACAACCGGCCCGGUGCCCGCACGUGUUCCCGCGCUCCUCAUAAGUGUUCAGUGAUUUAUUAGCCAACAUAUACAAGAUGCCUGAGGAAACAAUGGAGGAAGUGGAGACCUUCGCCUUCCAGGCGGAGAUCGCCCAGUUGAUGUCUCUCAUCAUCAACACCUUCUACAGCAACAAGGAAAUCUUCCUGCGAGAACUGAUCUCCAACUCUUCUGACGCGCUUGACAAGAUCCGCUACGAGUCGUUGACUGAUCCGUCAAAGCUCGAGUCCGGCAAGGAUCUCACUAUCAGGAUCGAGCUUGACAAGAACGAGCGGACUUUCACUAUCAUCGACACUGGUGUAGGCAUGACAAAGGCUGAUCUGGUUAACAAUUUGGGAACCAUUGCUAAGUCUGGCACCAAGGCGUUCAUGGAGGCACUGCAGGCUGGGGCUGACAUCUCCAUGAUUGGGCAGUUUGGUGUGGGCUUCUACUCCGCCUACCUGGUGGCCGACAAGGUGGUUGUCACCUCCAAACACAAUGAUGACGAGCAGUAUACCUGGGAGUCUGCCGCUGGAGGCUCCUUCACUAUCCGGCCCGACAAAAGCUACCCACUAUCCCGGGGCACGAGGAUCACACUAUACCUGAAGGAGGACCAAGCCGAGUACGUGGAGGAGCGCCGCAUCAAGGAGGUGGUGAAGAAACAUUCUCAGUUCAUCGGCUACCCCAUCAGGCUCCUGGUGGAGAAGGAGAGGGAGAAGCAAAUCCCAGAUGACGAUGAAGAAGAGAAGGAAGACGAGGCUGCUAAAAAAGACGACAUGCCGAACGUGGAGGACGUGGGAGCAGACGAAGACGCUGACAAAGGGCUGGAGAAAGCCAAGAAGAUGAAGACUGUGAAGGAGAAAUACAUGGAGGACGAAGAACUGAACAAGACGAAGCCGCUGUGGACCCGCAACCCAGAUGACAUCUCUCAGGAGGAGUACGGAGAGUUCUACAGGUCACUCACCAAUGACUGGGAGGACCACUUGGCUAUCAAACACUUCAGUGUUGAGGGCCAGCUGGAGUUCCGGGCACUUCUCUUCGUGCCUCGACGUGCUCCCUUUGAUCUCUUUGAGAAUCGUAAACAGAAGAACAAGAUAAAGUUGUAUGUUCGUCGCGUGUUCAUCAUGGAUAACUGUGAGGAACUCAUCCCAGAGUACCUCAACUUCAUCACUGGUGUUGUUGACUCUGAAGAUCUUCCCCUCAACAUCUCUCGUGAGAUGCUUCAACAGAACAAGAUCUUGAAAGUUAUCCGUAAAAACUUAGUGAAGAAAGCCAUGGAACUCUUCGAGGAACUCAUGGAGGACAAAGAUUCAUUCAAGAAAUUAUAUGAGAAUUUCUCCAAGAAUAUCAAACUGGGCAUCCACGAGGACUCCACCAAUCGUAAGAAACUGGCAGAGUUCCUGCGGUUCUACACCUCAGCAUCAGGAGACGAGAUGAGCAGCUUGAAGGACUACGUCUCCCGCAUGAAGGACAACCAGAAACAGAUCUAUUACAUCACCGGAGAGAGUCGUGACGCUGUCGCUAACUCAGCCUUUGUAGAGAGGGUGAAGAAGCGAGGCUUUGAGAUCAUCUACAUGAUUGACCCCAUCGACGAGUAUUGCAUCCAGCAGCUGAAGGAAUAUGACGGUAAGCAGCUCUUGUCGGUCACCAAGGAAGGUCUCGAGCUCCCAGAUGACGAGGAGGAGAAAAAGAAGUUAGAGGAACAAAAACAGAAGCUGGAGAACUUGUGCAAGGUAAUAAAGGACAUCCUUGACAAGAGAGUAGAGAAGGUGGUGGUGAGCAACCGCCUGGUGACCUCUCCGUGCUGUAUCGUGACCUCCCAGUAUGGCUGGACCGCAAACAUGGAACGCAUCAUGAAGGCUCAGGCACUGCGAGACACCUCUACCAUGGGCUACAUGGCUGCCAAGAAGCACCUGGAGAUCAACCCAGAUCACAGCAUCAUUGAGACCCUCAGGCAGAAGGCUGAUGCUGAUAAGAAUGAUAAGUCUGUGAAAGAUCUAGUCAUGCUGCUCUUCGAGACGUCCCUUCUAGCGUCCGGCUUCAACCUGGAGGACCCCGGGGUACACGCCGCCAGGAUCUACAGGAUGAUCAGUUUAGGUCUUGGUAUCGACGACGAGGAAGCUAUCACGAUCCCUGAGGACACCAACCCUCUGGACGACAUGCCGCCGCUGGAAGGGGACGAGGAGGAUGCCUCUAGGAUGGAAGAGGUCGACUAGCCAUGUCAUCCUCCGCCCAACAUGUCUCAUACACACUUCUCAUCCACGCAAUCAUUCCUCGCAAGAUUUAUGAUAUAUUUUCUAUCAUCCUUCGCUAUUUAUAGUCAUUCAUAAUCAAUUAUAACGUCAGAAACAAAGAAAUUAAAGUGAUCACCUAAAAUGUCUACAAUUUAAUUUGUGAUGCAAUUCAUUCCAUGUAUAUCAUUGUCGUGCAGCAUGUGUCCAUCAAUCAGUAUAGGAGGAUACUUGUCCAGGCAUUCAUCAUGCUGUAAGCGGCAUCGCCUGUAGCUUGCUGCUAUGAAUGCUCCUGUAAAGCCAGCCUCGCCUCAAUUUUAUAAAUAAAUGGAUAACCAGA